AUGUCUGCGAGUUUGCCGGAAUACAUUAAGUCAUGUUCAAGGAACGAUCCAAACCUUAAUGGUUGUGCGUUAAACUCAGCAAGGGAAUCAAUAAGGCGAUUUUCCCUCGGGGACCCAGACAGGAAUUUGCCUCCAUUAGACCCUCUGUACGUACAAGAAAUGACGGUAUUCAUACCUAGGAAGAAUGGGCUCAAACUGGUCUUUUCGGAGAAUUACUUUCAUGGACUUGCUGAUAUGGAUUUAAUAGAUUUGAGGUUCGAUUUAAAGAAACAAAUCAUAUUUGCUGAUGCGUUGGUGAACUUAGACGUGAAUAAUAAGUAUGACCUGAGUGGGAGGAUCAUGGUGUUGCCAGUCAAAUCUAAUGGCGACGCCUCUAUCAAACUAAAAAACACAACAAUCCAUAUCCGAUUUUGGUACGAACUUGUAGAAGCGGAAGACGGAAAAAUUCAUUGGAAAAUUUAUAAACAUGACAUCAAAUACACCGUCGAGAAAGCUGUAUUCAGAUUAGAAAAUUUACUCAGUGAAAUGGGAGUAGGUGAUCAAAUAAAUGUGAUGCUGAAUGAACUAUGGCGAGAAAUAGUGGCCGAUGUUGGACCGUCCAUCUGCAAUUCUUUAAGCGAAGCAGUAGUUAACAACUUAGCCGUUUUACUGAAGCAAGUGUCUUACGAAGAGUUGAUGCCUGAUUCUUAA